UUCAGUUCCCCCACAUAGGAAAUAUGAGACGAUGCAAAAGCAAAAGCCAACACUCUAGCGUUCUGCUCCAGGUACCAAGUCUACUAACGUCUCCCUUCGAAAAGAGCCAGUUUCCGCGUAGACACCACUUGGCCAAGUUCGGAACUGGUUCUUAAAAAGUGGUUCUUUCAUUGUGCAAGGCAAUAUGCGGAUCUCGUGCUUCGCGGUUAUUCUUUGUGUCGCAUUAGGAACAAGUAUUCAACAUUGCGAUGGAUCAUUGCACAGAAAUAACAAGACACAUGUAGAAAUCGAAAAUUUUGAACCGCAAGGCAAUUUUACGAGACUUAAGGAACGAUACCGAAGACUGGUGCCCUACAUGGCCUACUACCUAGUGGGGAACAAUGUAGAAAAUCAACCUCCAAGAACUGACAAGUAUGAAAAAAUUCGGGACAGAAUUAUUCCUAGAAAACCCCAGUUCAACAUUAGACCAAGUUCAGACCCGAGAGAAAGAAACAGACAGCAAUACACAAAACAAACCGAAAAGUUUCUACCUUCAGUGCAGUACAAUCCCAAAGAUGUCGGUCCAAACAAAGCCUACUUCACUCCCAUACGUUACGGGAUGAAACUAAACCAAAGGGAUUACUCUCCAUUUUCACCCAACCAAAAUACAAGGCCAGUUCAUUCCAGACCCACUCUGGGAAAUAUCGUCUCCGAAACUAAGCUCUACAAAACAGAAGCACCUAGGAAAUUACAGACUCUUCCCAAGAUGGUGAAUUAUCUUCCGUUUAGGCAAACGGUUAAAACACCUCCUUCGACCAUCGACGACUACUUUCUCGAUUACGAAACUCAAUCACUUGGAAAUCUACAACCAACAUCCUACGAUUACGAACAACCUUACGAGGAAUUUGAAUCUUUUCGCUAUGCAACUCCUGCACCCGAUAGAGUUAACGUUUUCAAACCUCCAAUCUCCAGACCCAACGACUUGAAUAAUCAACCUCUGAAAGUCCCAGUCUCUGAACUUGAUCACAUAGUGAAAACUUUACAGUUAAGUAACCAAUUGCCAGAAAUGCUCAACAAGGAUAAUAUCGACAGUAGCAUAAGAACACUUGUAGAAAUUCUCAAUAUUCUCCACAACGCAAGAAGCCGACAACCUCAACUACAACAUCAAAUUACAAACCCUAAGCUCAAAUCCAAGCCACCUGAUUAUGGCUUCCAUGAAGACUCCCCAAGACCCCAAGUGUUGGAAACUAAUUACUACGUUACACCAAACGUCAUUGAUAGACCUCCGGAAAUAGCAAAGGAAUUAGUGAAUUUUCAAACACAGCACAUUCCAAACGAUUUGAAAAUACAAAAUUCCAAUCUGAAGAGCGACAAGGUAACUCAAUACUACCAUCCCGAAGAACUGGAAAUAGAUAAUAGGUACAAGGAAACUUUUUCACAAAUCGCACCUCAAGAAAAUAUCGAAAAUCAACCAUAUAAAGUUAAUCUACAUUCGGAAAAUACUUUGGAAAAUGACAGAUUUAGGUAUCCAAUUAAUACCGAGAAACCAACGAUUACCAACAAUUACCCUGUAGUGAAUAAUGUGCCCAAAGAUAAUACACAAAAUAUACCACCGUCCUUAAAGUACGGAGCUACAAGAGGGAAACCACAUGUGGAUUAUCCAGCUUAUUCGACCAUACCGCUCACGAAUUUUAAUUGCAAACAGCAGAGGUACAAAGGUUUUUUUGGAGACCCUGCGACAAGAUGUCAGGUCUGGCACUACUGCGACCUGAAUGGUGGGAAAUCAUCGUUUUUAUGUCCAAAUGGAACGAUUUUCAAUCAAGUGGCUCUAACCUGUGAUUGGUGGUUCAAUGUAAAAUGUGAAUCUACUACACAACUAUAUGUAUUAAAUGAACGACUCUAUAAAUAUAUUUUGCCAGUAAUGCCUAAAUUUCCUGAGGAUUUCACCGGACCGGAAGUGGACAGAUACUUGGAACAAAAAUUCAAGGAAAUUGAAGCCAAAUUACAGGAGAAAAAAUUGAAGAAAGAACAAGAAGAGAAAGACAAGACACAAGAAAGCAUUAAGGACGAAAUGUUGUCAGAAAAUAGCUCGGAAUAAUGUGCCUUUUAAAUCAGCUACUAUGAUUUCAGUAUGAGAAACAAUUUCUAUAGGUAAAAUUAAAUGAAAUAAGCUGCCAUUACUGUAUACAACAGGCAAGAUCUUCAAAUUUUUAAACUACUAUCAAUGUUAUGUGUACACUUAAAAAAGAAAGUUUUGUCAAAUUUUACUAAAAUAGUUUACAAAUUAGUAAACAAAAUUGAUAAUUGUACUUAAGGGCAUUUGAACCUUGAUGAC